UCUACAUUUUAAGUAAAAAGGAUAUCAGCAAAUCAAUUCAGGGUUUGUUGAAUAAGGGCUUGUUAUUUAAAUUAAUUCACCAAAUCUGCAAUCAACUUCACAAGUAUGAGCGCUGCUGAAGUUAAUGAAAUUGCGACAUCGACGAAGUUCACCCAUCGAAAACGUACUUUUUAUGCAUGUGCAUUCGGAUUUUCUGUAUACGUUGGUUCAACUUUUAGUUUGGCAACACUUCAGAGCAGUAUCAAUAUCAAGAAUGAUCUCGGACCAAAAAGUCUCCUGAUUUGUUUUUUGUGUGGCUUAGCCGGUAUUAUAACAGCGCCCUAUACUUUGAAAAGGUUUGGUGCAAAAGCAACGUUAAUUACUGGGGAAAUCAUAGCAUCAUUCUAUACGAUAGCAAACUUUUAUCCAAGAUGGUUUACCAUGUAUCCGACAGCAGCUUUAACGGGAUUGAUGUCAUCAUCAUUAACGUGGUCGGCAAGUGCAGUAAUUGUCCAUAAAGUGGCUACUGCUAAUCUGAGUAAUAAAAUUGGAAAACAAGCUGAUAUUGCAACUCAAAAGUAUUUUGGAAUAUAUUUAGGAAUUGUCGCGUUUGGCCAGAUUUUUUCUAAUGGUGUCACCGUUUUGAUUCUCAAAUUAGUCAACGACGAUUUAUUUGGACCUGAUCAUAAAUCAGCGGACACUGAUUUUGAUACUAAUUCAACACUGCCUACACAAGGUCCACAAUACAAAACUACUAAUUCGUCCGUUAUCGAUAUUUCUCAAUGCGCGGCAAGAGAUUGUCCGGCUGAAUAUGCAUACGGUAAUUCUACCAAACUCGAUGUAUUCAUACCAGACGAUUCUUCUAGAUACGUACUGUUGGGCUGCUAUCUACUCAUGCAACUAGGAGCCGUCUUAGUGCAUUCAAUAGCGAUGGAUUCAAUCCCUGUUGAUGCUCAUAGAAAGAAUAUAAUCAGUAAGAAUCAAAAUUGCUGACUGUCUGUAACCUCAGCCAAUGAACAUUUUUGAUUAUUUUGUGUGUAUGUUGCAUAAUGAUUGUAAUAUGGAUACUAUGACAGUAAUGGUUGGUAAUACUUAAUAUUUGUUGUGUUGUUGUGUGAUUUCAGUACUGAAUUUUUGUUUCAUUUUCUUUUAUAGUUGAUGUAAAUUUGCAUUUGUUAAUGCAA